CAGCAUAUCUGUUGAUCAUCGAUUAGCUCACCCAUUCCCAGUAGUGGGUGAUGCUGACGAGGAGCCUCAAGAUGAUCUCGGCGUCUUUGGUACGGAUGGUAUCCAAGCUAUUCUGAAGAAGAUGAAUUACAAGAUCAACUUAAUCCCUGCUGGGUAUCCACUGAUAGCUUGCGUGUCGAACACUACUAGUACUCACGAGUCCGAGAAGGGAUACCUGAAGUUCGUGAAAGAAGGGGGGAAGGAAAUUGAAAUCUUGCAAUACCUCACAGGAAUCGAUUCCCCUGCAAAUCAUACCAUCUCUGGAGUACGAAUCUGGCCUGUGCGCGGCGGCAACGUCAUAUCGAUGCCGGUGGCUGGCGGCUGGCUCACGUCGUUAACAAGACCCAGUGCACACCUGUGGUCUGUCGCUAAACAGCUGUUCGAAGCGGUCGACUUCAUGCACCAACACGGCGUGGCGCACAUGGAUCUGAAGCCGAACAACAUCUUGAUCCCCGUCAACGGCGGCUGUCUGACUGUCAUCGAUUUUAACAGGUCCUUGCGAGUCAAGGGUGUCGAACAUAGGUUCCGUGGCGUCGUGGGCACUCCCGAAUAUAUCGCCCCCGAGGUAGCCGCUGGUAAUGGCUUCUACAGUGCGAUCCGUGCGGACUUGUGGUCCUGUGGAAAGACAUUAGAGGCGCUGUGCGACAAGUGUCGCCCAUCCACGGAUCGCGAUACCCUCCUCGAAAUUUCGUGGCAACUUAUGGACGAAGACCCGAAAAAACGACCGAUGAUGACAGAGGUGUUGGAGAAGCUGGCCCGUUGUACCGUUGAUGCUACCACCCGACUAGGUUCCUCGAGGUAAUUUUCUCUGUUGCUCCACAGGAAGUAAAGGCAUGAAUUCAACUUGAAUGUCGCAAACAUACCAUGUUGUCGACAGUGGUUAAAGAUUGGAUUCACUGAAGUCGCCAAUUCGGUGAUGUUCG